CACAUAAAACCUCAUUUAGAGCUCUUCAGGAUAUUUUUUUUAAAUAUUUCAAAUAUUUUGUUCUGAUCCCAUUUCCCUGUGCAAAUUUUUUGUUCCAAUUCUGUAGGUAACACAGAUCCUGACUGAGAUACAUUGAAGUGCACUGUAAGGCCCUGUUCAGGAAAUCUUUGCUUCACAUAACAAAGAAAAUGAAAAAAAGAUCAUUUAGUACCAAUUUUAAAAGACCUGCCCCUGAAUUUAUUCAUCAGCUUCGUUUUUUGUGCUUGACUCCAUCCUGCCAUGUUUUCUGCAGUUGGCUGUGGCAAACACUCCAACAAAUGUGGUGAAAUCUGGAAAGCCAGCGCAGAGCGUGAUGUUCUUGUUGUUGUCCUGGAAUCAUGAAUGCAGAACCUUCCCAUCUUGAAGUGCUGUAAUUCAGCCUGUUCAUUCAUGAUCUUGUGGGCUUCCUCAAGUUGCUUCUUCAAGUGGGCAGUUCAGCAUAGUCAUGAUCAAGGUGUGGAGGGGCUGUCUCGUCACUGGAAGAAGAAGGGAAAAUAACAUUAAGCAACAUUUUUUACAGGAGAGCUCAAAUUAAAGCAGUGAUUAAUCUUCAGUCUAAUGUGGAGGUUGUCAAGGAAGUAAUUACAGCCCUCACUUUAUCAACAUUGUUACCAGUUUUCACUCCAAUGUGCUUGUAUACUGUUUAUGGCUUCCCGGUUUAUGCAAUUUCUAAAUGUUUUAGCUUCUGAUGACUCAGCAGGGAGCUUUCACACAACCUCCUCUACUUUACCCAGAUGCAGUCAUGCUCAGCCCACAUGGCCCAUCUUUACUGUCUGUGAUCAGCUCCAGAUAAGAAGGAGAACCUGCUUUACCAUUCAACAUGUGGAUGCGUAUGUUCAGCAAUUACUUGCUGGUAAUUAAUGCAACAGGGAAUGCUUGGCCUGAUGCCCGGAAGAGAGCGACAUUAUUACACUGCUUAGGAGCCGAAGGUCAACGAAUUUUCUACUGCCUAACAAACACAGGUGACACUUUUUCUUCCGCUGUUGCUGCUUUGGAAAAACACUUCUCGCCUAAAGUCAACAUUGUUGUAGAGCGGCAUGCUUUCAGAAAGCGAACACAAGCACCACAUGAGACAGUUGAGCAGUAUGUGACUGCCUUACGUGACCUUGGUUCUAAAUGUGACUUUGAUGAUAAGACAGAGGAAAUGAUCCGUGAUCAGUUAGUCGAACACAUUUCCAACUCCAGCAUAAGAGAGAGACUUCUGCUCGAACCUGACCUGACAUUAGAUAAAGCUGUUACUCUCGCAGCACAAAUGGAAUCCGCAGCUUACCAAGCUAAAGCACUAACAGUUAACAGCAACAGACAUGUCCAAGCCAUACAAUCUCGUUCAUACUCAGCUACACAGCGUAAUAAAUCUGGUGUUCGACCUGUUAAGUCACCUUCUGCUACAUCAACGCCUGCUAAAAGUUGCUUUAGGUGUGGUUCAAACAAACACCUUGCUAAUGCUCGCCAGUGUCCAGCUGCUAAAGCUACAUGUAACCUCUGCCAAAAAGUUGGUCACUUUGCUCGUGUCUGCUGCUCAUCUAAGACAAGACAAGUUCGUGAAGUUCAGCUACCAGAUCUAACUGUGCUAUAUUUGGGAGACACUUUGCAUGCAUCAAAAACCCUACAGUGUGACAUUGAAUUAAGCACGCCUACUUCACCUACCAAGACCCUUCGUCUCACUGUCGAUACAGGCUCUGCAGUUUCCAUACUGCCUCAUCAAACCUACAAAGAACACUUCAUUGGAACACCACUGUGCCCCCCUGACCUCCGCCUAGUUACUUAUACAAAGAAAACAAUCCCUGUACUAGGCUGCUUACAAGUUGAAGCAAGUAGAGGAAUUACUACUACGCCAGCUACAUUUUUUGUUGUAAAACAGGGAACUCCUCUUCUUGGCCGUGACUUGAUGGAGACACUGCACAUCUGCAUCGCUGGAGGUGCUGUUCUUCCUCCAUGCACUGCCCCUGCUGCUCCCGUGAUGACAACAGAUGGAUCACCUACAUCGCCCAUCCCUGCUGCUCCUGAUAUAGGCUGUGUGAAAUCCUUUGUUCAUAAAGUAAAACUAGAUCCUUCAGUUAAACCUGUACGGCAGAAGCUUAGACGCCUUCCUUUCGCAGUGAGAGCUCCAGUUGCAGCCGAACUGGACCGCCUCCUGAAAGCUGGAGUCAUUGAACAAAUCGAUGCAUCACCAUGGGUUUCACCAAUUGUGGUAACAGGACGUAAAACAGGAGGAAUACGACUGUGUGCAGACCUCCGUGAACCAAACAAAGCUGUGAUCACAGACUGCUAUCCUCUGCCACAUGUGGAUGAGUUGUUUGUCAGUUUACAAGGUGCCACACUAUUUUCUACGAUUGACCUGGCCAAUGCGUACUACCAGCUGCCUCUGCAUGAAGAUAGCAGAGAUUUAACUGCAUUCAUUACACAUGAAGGUCUCUUCAGAUUCCGCAGAGUUCCUUAUGGACUUGCCUCCGCGCCCUCAGCUUUUCAAAAAAUGAUGUCUGAGAUUCUCCAAGGUCUUCCUGGUGUCCAGAAUUACCUGGAUGACCUCAUCAUCUACGGUAAAACUCCUGCUGAGCAUGACAGCAACCUGAAUGCAGUGCUUCACAAGCUCAAAACUGCUGGCCUGGUGCUAAAUGAAAACAAAUGCCACUACAGAAAGACAUCUUUACGCUUUUUGGGUCAUGUCAUAACAGCAGAUGGCAUUCUCCCAGACAAAGAACACAUUGAUGCUGUUUUGAAUGCUCCUCCACCCACUGAUGCUGCUGCAUUGAGGUCCUUCCUUGGGUUGGUGUCUUGGUAUUCCAAGUUCUUGCCCAACUUUGCAACUAUUGUGGCUCCAAUGCGUUCUUGUGGAAGUGGAACAAGCAACUAUGUAUGGACCACUGAAGCACAGAAAAGCUUUGAAGAAAUUAAGCAGCUUCUGGUGAACAGCCCUGCUCUUGCACUGUUUAAUCCUAACCUACGCAUCGUGAUAUCCACUGAUGCCAGUGAUUAUGGACUGGGUGCUGUUUUUGCCCAAGUUCAGCCUGAUGGAACAGAGAAGCCUGUGGCCUUUGCUUCCCGCACACUUUCUGCACCUGAACAAAAGUACUCUACUGUCGAGAAGGAAGCACUAGCAUGCGUGUGGGCUACAGAGAAAUGGAGAACAUACUUAUGGGGUCGACGCUUCACCCUUCGAACGGACCAUCAAGCUCUGACCACACUUCUGAGCACAAAAGGAAUGAACAGAGCUGGAAUGCGCAUUGCACGAUGGUCUGCCCGCCUGUUGUGUUUUGACUAUGAUGUCGUUUACCGACCGGGUUCUCAGAACUACACAGCAGAUUGCCUAUCACGCCUGCCUCUGCCGGUGAUUUCGGAUCUGGUACCAGACGCUGAUCCAGAAAUGGUCUGCGUGUGCAAAUGGAAAAAGGCUGGCCCGCCUCCAUUAAAUCAGUCAGUGAUUCACUUGCUCCUUACUACAAGAUCAGAGAUGAACUCUCCACCUACAAUGACUACAUUCUCAGAGAGUCCACGGCUGUGUGUGGAUUAUCGGCCCCUAAAUGAGCGCACCAUCAAAGACGCUUACCCCCUGCCACGCAUCCAGGACACCCUGGAUACGCUGUCCACAGCCAAGUACUUCAGUACACUGGACCUGACAUCCGGGUACUGGCAAGAUAGCAACCAGAUGUUGGAGCGGCUUGAACAGGUCUUUGCUAGGCUAUGCAAAGCCAACCUAAAGCUAAAACCUUCAAAGUGCUGCCUUUUCCGAGAGCAAGUCGCCUACUUGGGGCACAUCAUCUCGGCCGGGGGCAUUGCUACUGACCCCCAGAAGGUUCAGCAAGUGAUUGAAUGGCCUGCACCUCGGAAUGUCACAGAGGUGCGACAGUUUGUUGGCUUGGCUUCCUACUACCGCCGCUUUGUGGAGGACUUCGCCACAAUAGCCAAGCCACUCCAUGAACUCACUAAGAUGUAUGCACACUUCAAAUGGACUGCUGAGUGCCAGGAAGCGUUUGAGGAAUUAAAAAGGCGUCUUACAGUAGCACCCAUUUUGGGCUACCCCCUGGACCAGGGCGAGUUUCUCCUCGAUACGGAUGCCAGUGACUGUGGGAUCGGCGCAGUCCUCUCCCAAGUACAGGGAGGCGAGGAGAGGGUCCUGGCUUAUGGGAGCAGGCGGCUGUCAGCCACCGAACAAAACUACUGCACGACCAGACGAGAGCUCCUGGCGGUUGUAGAGUUCACGUCCCAUUUCAGACAGUAUUUGUUGGGCAGGCCCUUCACGGUUCGCACUGAUCAUAGCAGCCUCCGCUGGUUAACUAGGCUGAGGGAGCCAGAGGGUCAGCUCGCCCGCUGGUUAGAGAAGCUGGCAGAGUACGACUUCAAAGUGUUGCAUCGGCCUGGAAAAAGCCACCAAAAUGCCGAUGCACUUUCCAGGAGGCCAUGCCGUACGUCGUGCACCUGCAUGGCUCCAGAUCCCAAAUUCAACAGUAGCCAGUUCCAGCAUAAAGGUGUGCAGUGCAACCUAAUGGACCCCCCUACCGUCAUUAACCCCCCAGGGCACCCUCGAGUGGGGGUAGUGGACCCUCAGGUCGGCAGUAGCGAUGGUUCUGUAGGUCACCCAAGCAUCCACCGGUUGAUGAUGCAGCAGAUGCACGAUGGCCCAGUGGGUGGUCAUUUUGGGGCAGAGAGGACUCUGGCGCGCCUGAAAAACAGAUACUACUGGUAUAACAUGAAGGAUGAUGUGACACUAUGGUGCCGCACUUGUACAAACUGUGCCGCAAAGGCACGGCCACUGAAAACCCCACAUGCAGCGAUGGGCACAGUGCGCGUUGGCGCCCCCAUGGAGAGAAUUGCAGUUGACCUAAUGGGGCCACUAAAUGAGACAGAGAGGCAUAACCGUUUCAUACUAGUGGUGCAGGACUAUUUCAGCAAGUGGGUGGAGGCCUAUGCAGUCCCUAACGAACAAGCAUCCACGGUGGCAGAAAAGAUUGUUUCAGAGUGGUCUGAUGGCCAGGUGGAACGUUUCAAUGCUACCCUCCAGAAAGCAUUAGCCGCCACUGCAGAGCGUUGCCACUGGGACUGGGAUAUAAUGAUCCCGUAUGCUGUCAUGGCUUAUCGGGCAACCAAACACAGUUCCACAGGGCUGACCCCUAACAUGAUGCUUUUCGGACGAGAGGUAACCGAGCCCCUUGACUUGGUUGCUGGUCUGCCACCCGACGAUAUGCACAACAACACUCUCCCACAUUAUGUGGUGCAGCUCAGGGAAAGGUUGGAACUUUCUCAUCAGCUGGCACGGGAGGCCCUUGGGAAAUCUAGUGAGCGUGCUAAGAGACAGUAUGACAAGAACAGCUGCCAGGUGCAGUACCCAGUUGGUGCUGCUGCAGUGUGGUAUCUGGUUAAAGGGACCAAGAGAGUGAGACACAGAGUCCGCAAGUUCCUACCUUCCUACGAGGGACCUUACUUUGUAAUAGGCCAGUUGGAUGAUCUGGUCUACCGCAUUAAAAAGGGACCAAGAACAAAGGCUAAAGUGGUUCAUCAUGAUAGGCUUAAGCCUUAUCACUCCAGGACUCUGCUGGACAAUGGCUGGGUCUUCCAAGAACCCGAUCUGACAGCAGCGGCUGAGGUACCUCCUCCAACGCCCGACGAGGAUGACCCCGACACCGACCUCGGCCCCCUCAACCUGUGGGACACUCAGCCAACAGCCGAUGGUCCUGAUGCAGGAGUUUCCUCGGGAGCUGUUUCCCCACUACCUGCCCUGCAGCCUCCGCAUGGAUCCCUCCAGCCCGAAGUGGAUGUGGCUGGUGGGCUGUGCCCAACUGCGAGACCAGACCGUCACCCCCCUCCAAGCACCACAUCCCGUUGCAGGCCGCAGCGGAGAUGGAGGGCACCUGACCGGUUUGGUGACUGGUUAAUGGACCAAGGCUAA